GCAGUACCUGAAUUGUUUGGCAUGGUCACUGGAAGAACAAUCUCUGCUAUUUGUUCUAGACGUGAGGUCUAAAUGCCCUAAUGCUAAUAAAGUUUGGCUGGAUGAGUGAUGGAUAUUAACUGCUGCUGUACUUUCUGUGGCUUCUGAAGUUAACCAAAAGGCAACUAAGGUCUGUUUGAUGCUGAGACAGUAUCAGUAAUGGAUGGAGAAUCUGUCACUCUAUACACUGGUGCUACUGAAAUAUGGACAGAUGAUGAUUUAAUGUGGACGUUUGCAGCUCAAAUGAAUUUCAUAGCUAGAAUCUCUAAAGAGGAUCACGUCUUCUUAAUAUCUGAUGGUGUUGAUAAGAGAUUCAAAGGCAGACUGCAACUGGAGAAUCAGACUGGAUCUCUCACCAUCACAAACACCAGAAUCACUGACACUGGACUUUAUCAUCUAAAAAUUAUUGGGAAGAAGUCAUCUACAAAAACAUUCAAUGUCACAAUCUAUGCUUGUCUGCCCAUUCCUGUGAUCACCAGUAACUCUUCUCAAUGUUCUUCAAGCUCUAAAUGUGUGUUGGUGUGUUCAGUGGUGAAUGUGACACAGGCGACUCUCUCCUGGUACAAAGGAAACAGUUUAUUGUCCUCCAUCAGUGUGUCUGAUCUCAACAGCAGUCUCUCUCUACAUCUGGAGGUGGAAUAUCAGGAGAACAACAUCUACAGCUGUGUGAUCAACAAUCCCAUCAGAAACCAGACUAAACAGCUCAACAUUACUGAAGUCUGUCAGUCGUGUUCAGAUUUAUCUCCAAGGUCACUGAUCUAUGCUGCUGCCGCCGUUGCUGCUGCCGCUGCUGGAUCUCUGUUGACUGUGGCUGCAGUAGGGGUGUUCUACAUCUACAGGAAACACAGAAAAACACCAGAAGAGGGUCAAAAUGGUGAAGAGAUCAAAUAUGCUGAUCCAAAACUGUACAAAGGAAAUGCACAGAAAAUGAGAGUGGAGGACGAGGUGGUGUAUGCAGAAGUCACCAUGAAACGUUGCUCAAACUCUGUCUCUUUGUUUUCUCAUUAAUGACGUCUCUGUCAUUAUGGUUUUGAUCAGCAGUGUUACAUUUGCUUUUGAGUUUAUUAUGAUCCUGAAUGUUAAUAUAUGAUUCAUUUUAAUAAAAGCUCAGUAACUGUUCAGAAUAGAGGGAGAGAUCAUCUUGAACUCUGCUUGUGAGAACAAGACCCAGCUAAGCAAUCAGCAAUACUAGGAAACUUCUUUGGAUUCACAGUGUGUCGAACUAUUCUGUUUCCACUUGUCUCUUUCAAAGCCUGGGAGAGUUUUGUGGAAGAGUUUUGGAUUUACAUAACAAAUCCACACAUUUAAUUCAGCAUAUUUAGUAGAAACCGGAGACAACCCUGAGAGGUCUGAGGUUUGAGACUGUGUUUUCAAAGAUUCAUUAUUGAAAUUGUCUGCUGGUUUAAGGAAACAUGAAAUAUAUCAAAUGCUGAAUAUUCUAAAUUAAAACAAGAUGUUUCUGUAAAACAUAUUUGUUUCUUUUUACAACAGUGCACUGUAUUUUAAAUCAGACCCACAGCAGAAAGAAAGAAAUGUGCAGUGAGACCUCAGCAGCUCAGUUUUGGAGUCAAAUUGAAACUUGCUGUGGUCUGAUUUCUCUAGAAUAAGGCUUGACUGUUAGAUAGGCAAACGGUAUGUGCUUCAGAGAGUAUUAUUUGAUAGCUGUUUGGUGUAUGUGUGGUUGGUUUGUGUCAUUAGUUUGUAUUGUAGAUAAAGGGCUUCUUUUCCUCUUCUGCUAAUUUGAACCUCACAGUCUGCCUUCUAAACCCCACAAAACAGCUUUGCAACGAAACAAAUCUAAUUAAUCAACCAUUAUGUUUUAAAAGCAAGAGUUUUUUUUACUAUUCAUGGUAUCAAACCUACUUACUGCACCAUCAUUUUGUAAAAGAACAUAUCCUGUUUCUUCUUAUCAAUGUCAUCUCCGCAUCUGAGACAGUCAAUCUGUGCAUCUUAUCACGUGGCUUGUUGAGCACGUUACCAUGGAGACGUAGCACGUGUGGAGACUUCACGUUAUUCUCCAUGGCAUCCACGCACAACUCGACACACGCCCCACCGAGAGGGACCACGAGGAGGUAACCCAACAUGACUCUACCCUCCCUAGCAACCGGGCCAAUUGGUUGCUUAGAAAGCCUGACUGAAGUCACUCAGCACACCUUCUUUAGUUGUCAUCAGUUCUGGGCACUAACUAACGUCACUACAUUUUUUCAGCCACUACAAUAACAGUGGCGCCAACAUUUUGCCUAUAUUUUAAGUUUUGUUAAAGCACUACGUAAAAACUUUUUGGUUACAAAUGAACAAAUUGCCAUUAUUGAUUGAGUACAUACAAUACAUUUUUUUUUUUAAAUCAGUGUUCAAAAAUGUCCUAACCUUAUCCUGAUUCACUACAGUAAGCUGUCGGGUCAGAUUUGGCUUGAAAUCAUUGUGCUUAUGUCACCCCUCCUUGCGUCAUGGCAUCAUAUCCAUAAACACAGGAAAGAAGUACCGGCUGUCACAUGUUCCGGCUAGAGAAACUACGCUGUUCAGUUCAGUCAGUCACUUUGUAGCAGUCUCAAAGUUUAUC